AUGAAGAGAAUUAAUCCUUUAGAUAAUAAUAAUAAUAAUAAUAAUGAAGGACAACAACAACAACCUAAAAUACAAUUCAACUUUCAACAAACAACAAUAGUUCAACAACCAUCACAGAUAAAGAAACAAAAGGUUGAUGGUGAGGAUAUGACUGCUACUGUUAUUAGUAGUAGUAAUAUAGUACAACCUAUAACAAGUAUAAAACCAAUGUCAUUUAAUUUAGCACCUGCCAAGCCAUCAGCAGUAGCUGCUGGUAGUAGUGUAAAGACUUUAUUUGGAUUUGGAAAGAAACCAGCUGCAACAGUUGCAUCUAUGUUUAAUACAAAUGAUGAUGAUGGUAUCAUUCAUAAGCCACCUCCAAAACCAAUGUCAUUUAAUCCUUCUUUGUCCCAGUCGAUGAUGAACCAAUCGAAUCCUCCACCACCACCUCCUCCUUCUUCUUUUGUCAACAACAACAACAAACCAUCCAAUUCAAGUGCUGAAGAAGAUGAUGAUGAUGUUGAUCCAUUAGAUGCAUUUAUGAUGGGUGUACAGAAACAAGUAGAAAAGGAAAAUACAGAACCUCCUUCCCAAAAAAAUGCAGCUAAAAGAGAUGAUAUCGAUGAAGAAGAUGAUGAAGAGAAAUAUUAUAAAGCUAGAAAAGAACAUCAACAACAACAACAAAAUAAUCAAACAACCAAUAAUAAUAAUAGUAAAGACAACAGUGAUGAUCUUUUAAAAGAUGAUGAUGAUGAAGAUUUUGAUAUCAAUUUAUUACAAGAUAAUGAUGACGAUUCAGAUGACGACGAUAAGAAAUCAUCAUCAAUUAAAAAGAAACGUAUUAUAGAACCAUUGGCAGCAUUGGAUCAUAGCAAGAUUGAAUACGAAGAAUUUGAUAAAUGUUUCUAUGAGGAGCAUGCAGAGAUUAGCGCAUUGACACCAGAAAGAGUAUUUCAGUUACGUCGUGACUUGGAUAUUCGUGCAACUGGCAAUGAUCUCAUUAAUCCCAUUACUGGAUUUGGACAUAUUGGAUUCGAUGACAUUAUGAUCCAAUCCAUCCAAAAACAAGGUUAUGAAACUCCAACCUCUAUUCAAAAGCAGGCUGUACCUAUUGCAUUGUCUGGUCGUGAUUUAAUAGCUAUUGCUAAAACGGGAUCUGGUAAAACAGCAUCCUUUAUUUGGCCUGCCAUCGUUCAUAUAAUGAAUCAACCAUAUCUUGAAAAAGGUGAUGGUCCAAUCGCCGUAUUUGUCUCUCCAACUCGUGAAUUGGCUCAUCAAAUCUAUAUGGAAACUCAAAAAUUUGCUAAACCUUACAAAAUCAAAACUACAGUAGUUUAUGGUGGAGUAACAAAAUUAUUACAAUGUAGAGAAUUAAAAGCUGGAUGUGAAAUAUUGGUUGGAACACCUGGCAGAAUCAUUGAUAUGAUUAAAUUAAAGGCAACUAAAAUGAAUCGAUGUACCUUUUUAGUAUUGGAUGAAGCAGAUAGAAUGUUUGACAUGGGUUUUGAACCACAGGUACAAUCAAUCAUUGGACAAAUCAGACCGGAUCGUCAAACUUUAUUAUUCUCUGCAACCUUUCCAAAUGCCAUUGAACAAUUGGCAAGAAACAUUUUAACUGAUCCAAUUAGAAUUUCAAUUGGUAAUUCUGGUUCUGCAAAUCAAGAUAUUAAACAAUUUGUUAAAGUAUUACCAAGUGAUGGAGAGAAAUGGGGAUGGUUAACUGAAACGUUACCAUUAAUGUUGACUGAAGGAAAUGUGGUGAUAUUUGUUAGUACAAAGGUGGCAGUAGAACAACUUUCAACCAAUCUUUUAAAGUUUGGAUUUUUAGCAGAUGGUAUUCAUGGUGACAAGGAUCAACAAGAGAGAACGCAGAUUAUCAGUCGAUUCAAAUCGGGAACAGUUCCCAUUCUUGUUGCUACCGAUGUUGCAGCUCGUGGUUUGGAUAUUUCACUUAUUAAAAAUGUUGUCAAUUUCGAUGUUUCUAGAGAUAUUGAUUCACAUACUCAUCGUGUUGGUAGAACUGGAAGAGCUGGCACUCAAGGUACAGCUCACACUUUAAUCACUCCAAAAGAUACCCACUUUUCAGCAGAUUUGGUUAGACAUUUAGAAGAAGCAAAUCAAAACGUACCACCAGAAUUAAUUACCGUUGCAAUGAAUAAUCCUCAUUUUAAAAGAGAAAGAGGUGGAAAUAAUAGUAGUGAUAGAGGUGGUGGAAGAGGAAGAGGUGGAGGAAGAGGUGGUGGAAGAGGUGGAGGAAGAGGCAGAGGUAGAGGAAGAGGUACUGGUAUUGGUUUUGGUAGAAAUACAGAUAAUAAUCAACAACAACAAAAUAAUACGAAUAAUAAUAAUAAUUUUAGAUCAAAUAAUAACGCACCAAAAGGAUUUGUUAGAGCUAGUACUACUUUUGAUAGGAAUGAAGAAGAUACCAAAUAUUUUGAUUAA